AUGGUUGAAGUUAUUGACAUUGAAUCAUCCACUAAUGAUAAGGUGGGAGAUAUCACCCUUGACAACAAUGUGAUAGAAAUUGUAUCAGACCUUGAUGAAAUACCCAAUGCAGAAGAACCUCAAAGAAGAAAUUAUCCCUCCUCUCCAAACAAACAGUACACUAGAGCUUCAGUUGAAGAUGUUAACAGUUCUGUUCAGAGGGUAUCAGUAUCAAUUGAACUAGAUGGGCAGUUCCAAAGGGAUACAUCGAUAAAUGAUAGCGAAAUUAAUACUUCCGACCUUAAAGCAUCGUAUUCAACACGUUCACAUCCAUUGGAGGUUAUGAGUGUUAAUGAAGACUCGAAUACUUUCACACCUCCCAAAGUACCUCCCAGGAAAAUGGUAAGAAAGAUGUUUGUUGACAAUAAAUAUCACAUAGAUACUGCUACAAAAAACAAAAAACGUAACUCUAGUAAGAGUCCUACAGAUAUCCUAAGCAAUAUUUUGAGUGAUAGUGAGGAUAAUACGUCUAGCAUAGAUACACCUGGAAAUAGCAGCACUUAUAAUCCUGAUACGUUGGCUGUUUUAACAUCCAAAUGGGCAUGUUCUGGAAAUUCAAAAACAAGUAAAUCCGGCACACCAUAUUCGACUUCACUAUAUUCUUCCAAGCCUUUGCCCGUUAAUACUGAAAAUGUGAGGAGCUAUUUAAGAAGGACACUAGCCAACAGUAAUAAUGUUGUUGUAAGCGAUGCAAUUGAUGAAUUUUCAUCUCAUGCAUUAAUUUCAAGCGCACUUCCGCCUGAAGAAUUAAGUUCUGAACGACCGUCUGCUGCGACUAAAAGAACUAGGGAAGGUUCUAGUGUUCGGUCAGAACCUGAAGGGUCGACAUCAACAUCACUAAGGGGAAGCAAGACUUUAUCAUGCGACAAAAAUCCUGAACAAAGAAUUAAUGACAUAGUUUCAUUAACCGAAGUCCAGAAUUUUCGAAAUGAAAUAAAUGAAAAAUCUGGCACACCAUCAGAAGGUGGAACGAUUGUUGAAUUCUUAGAACUGUCUCAAGAUGAGGGUAUAAGCACACCUAAGAAACAAAAGUCACCUUCAUAUGAGUCAAUCGAUCCAGACUCGUCGUUUAUUUCAGGGGCGCUAAACAAUUCGACAGAAACAAAAAAUGUUGUGGAUUCAAACGAACAGGCUACUCAAUUUUCUGAUAAGAUCUACAUUGUCCAUAGUGAACAUUUUUCAGAUGCUGAAUCUCAGUCUAUGAUCGGUAGAAUCAUUUCCAAUGCAAAAUUAAAAAAGCGUUUUAAUGAAGCCAAUAAAGCAUCGAGAAAUAAGGACAUAUUAUUAGCAGAGCUUGUUCUUAGUAUUAAUGAUGAUGUCUACAAAUAUUUCUCAAGUGAACAGGUACACAUAAAAGAAGUAUUAAGUCCUGCACAAGUAUUCCAAAAUUAUGAAGACUUGCCCAUCAUACGUUUUAAAAGAAAUUGCACUACGAUUUACGAUUUGAACCACAAUUUAUUCUACCCAUGUGAUUCUGUGUUAUGCGAAGAGACUACAUGUGUCUUAUUUUAUAAGGCUAUUGACUUUUUUUAUCAAUAUCGUACUCAAAAGAAUUACUUUCUUCGAAGAAUAAGAAGCCUUGCUAAAUCUGGUAAAAAAGUCAUCAUAGCAUUGAAUGAUUACAAUCGACUUGAAAAAUCUAUAACUCAUUUGGAAAAUAAACAUCUAAGAGAGAGAGUUGAGGAGCAGCUGAAUGGUAAUUUAACGAGUCCAAAAAGGAAAUCCGCCAAAGAGGUAAAACUGGAAGAAUUAGACAUGAAGGCAAAGGACUUGGAUAGAAAAUUAAAUGAAAUUACCAUUCAUGCAGAUGUUGAUAUAUUUCCUAUUAACAGCACCUUAGAUUUCAUGAAUUGGCUCAAUAACUUGGUAUUGGUUGUGGCUAAGCACAGAUAUCACUCUACUGUGAAAAAUAUGAAUUGGGCCCAUAUUAACGUCAAAAUUGGAAAAACCCCCACUGAAGUUCUCUCAAAAGCACUGCAACAAGUAAAUAACGUUACUCAAUGUAAGGCAGAUAGAAUCACAAAUGUGUACCCCUCAUUUCAAAAACUAUUUGCUGACUUCAGGAAAGGUUACUUAGUAUCGGGGAGGGAUGGUAAUCCAUUGAUGACUAAACUAGCCGAGAAAGCCAUAUAUGCACUUUGCAUGUCAGAUAACCCGGAGGAAAAGAUAUACUUUGACUAA